AUGGCAAGCGGACCUAUUUGUUGGAAAUCCAUGUUACAAGUGGUUGUUGCAUUAUCUACCAAUGAGGCAGAGUAUAUGACAGUGAUAGAGGCUGCAAAGAAGGCUAUGUGGUUGAAGGGAUUGAAACUAGUUAAGAGCAAGAACAUUAGAAAACGAACAUUUAAUGAAAAUGAAGAUUUAAAAAAUGAGUCCUCGGUCGUUCAUAAUUUGAAAAAACCUGUAAAACCUGACAGUGUGCUGCACUUUUCAACUGGGCCCUCCAAGCAAUCAAUGGCCACAGUAUCAAAUGUGGAGUCGCAGAAUUCAAUAUUUCAGUUUGAAUCAUCCAAAGAGAUUCAGGUUCAGCAUGAUAGCAGAGCAGCAGCAACUCUAGAAACUGAGACUGAGACUGAGUUUUCAAAAGAUGCUCGGGCGAUCCGAGAGAGUGCGCUUAAGCAAGCAGAGGAGGCUUUGAAGGGAAAGAACAAUGGCUCUGGAGGUGAAAAAUUGUAUAAAGGCAUCCAUGGGUAUACUGAUUACAAGGCUGGGUUUCGAAGAGAACAAACAGUCUCUGGUGAGAAAGCUGGUGGGGCACAUGGGCCUCUCAGGGCUUCUGCUCACAUCAGAGUUUCAGCAAGGUUUGAUUAUCAGCCAGACAUAUGUAAGGAUUACAAAGAGACUGGUUACUGUGGGUAUGGAGAUGCAUGCAAAUUUAUGCAUGAUCAAGGGGAUUAUAAGUUUGGGUGGCAAUUGGAGGAGGAGUGGGAGGAAGCAGAGAAGGCGAAGAAGAGAAUUUUAGCUUUAGGAGGGGAUGACAUAAGCGAAGGGGGAGAUGACCAGAGUGAGGAAGAUGAGGAUGACUCAUUGCCCUUUGCAUGUUUUAUUUGCAGACAGCCAUUUGUAGAUCCUGUUGUAACCAAGUGCAAGCACUACUUCUGUGAGCAUUGUGCAUUGAAGCAUCAUUCGAGGAACAAAAAGUGCUUUGUUUGCAACCAGCCUACCCUUGGCAUAUUCAACACAGCUCAUGAGAUUUGCAAAAAGAUGGCUGCAGAGAGAAAAUAA